AAUGCAUGAUUUACCUUAAAUUCAGGUGAUAGUGAUAGUGAGAGAACACUUGUAGUUUUAUAAAACCAAAAGUUAGUUAAGGACAUCAGAAACACACACCAGAAGUCUCUUUAGCACAUACAAAUUACAUUUACAGACAUCUCUUCGAGAUAGAAAAAAGCGGAUCAUCAUCUUUGAUUACUUUGCUCAUCGCUUUCCUCUUUCAUAACCAACUAUGACUUUUUAAGUUUUUGCUACUCUCUUCUCGAGCAUAACUCAUGAUCUGUAUUCCCUUUUCCUCCAUUCCAUCCCGAUCCGGUUUUUGUUUCGUUUCCCCACAAUGACGACUCCGAAACGAACUUUCCGCAUGUUCAUCGAAGAAGAAUUGGGCGAAUUCCCGCAUUUCUUGGUCUGGGCUGUUCUUGAAUGGAUGCUCAUAAUCUCCCUUUAUCUCGAUGGCUUCCUUUCGUCUAUCGCCAACAAAUUCGCUGAUAUUUUUGAAUUAGAUCCGCCCUGCGUUCUUUGCACUCGAGUGGAUCACGCGCUUGGCGAGAAAAACCCGAAUUUGUAUUACAACGAAUCCAUAUGCGAGUCUCACAAGAAAGAUAUAUCGUCGUUGGCGUACUGUCAUGUUCAUAGGAAAUUAUCUGAUAUCCGAAACAUGUGUGAUGGGUGUCUUCUUUCGUUUGCAACAGAUAAAGAUUCGGAUUCUGAUCCUAACAAGCAAAUGGACAAAAAUGAGGGUAAGGCGGAGGAUGAUCAGAAGAAGGCGGAGGUGGAAUUAGCGGAGAAAAAGGUUAAGGAUUCUAGUAAAAACGAGGUCGGAGAUGAGAACAGAUGUUCGUGUUGUGGCGAGUGUUUGAAGCCGAAACAAGUUACUAAAGAGGCUUCUAAAGAAGUUUCUAGAUCAUCGUCCUUGUUUCCGAAUUCGUCUCCUAGAGCAUCGUCAUUAUUUCCGAAUUCGUCUCCUCGAGCGUCGUCUCUAUUUCCGAAUUCAUCUCCUCGAGCAUCGUCUUUGUUUCCGAAUUCAUCCCCUAGAGCGUCGUCUUUAUUUCCGAAUUCGUCUCCUAGAAUGUUUUCUUCACUACCACCGAUGGCUUCUCCUAGAUCAUGGAGAAUCGAGGAAGGUAGGAAUUCGGAACUAUCUCACCCUCGGUAUAGCGAGCUCAAGUUUGUAUCUGAUAACGAGCCAGAUAUGCCCGAAGAUGAUUAUGGAAUGAACGUAAACGCCAAACACACAAACGAAGAUUCUGGCAAAACCCCUGGUUAUAUCAAAGGAAACAAGUUCUUCGGGAUACCGUUAACAGAAUCAAUUACCGGCAGUCCUAGAUGGGCUGCUAGUAAGCCUCCCAAGAAAGCCCCGAUUGAUAAACCUGAUGUAUUUUCCGACACCGUGGAAGAACCACCAUCGAACGACGGCCAAACCCUUGUUCAACAACUAAAGAAACAGAUCAGUGACAACCGGAAAACCCUCGUUACAUUGUUUAUGGAACUCGAUGAAGAACGCAGUGCCGCUGCGGUUGCCGCCAACAACGCGAUGGCGAUGAUCACACGAUUGCAGGCGGAGAAGGCAGGUGUUCAUAUGGAGGCAUUGCAGUACCAGAGGAUGAUGGAUGAACAAGCUGAGUAUGAUGAAGAAGCCAUUCAAAUCCUUAGAGAUUUGUUUUUCAAAAAAGAGGAAGAUGUGAAGGUUUUGGAAGACGAACUCGAGAUGUAUCGAGUGCGAUACGGAGAACUUAAGAAAUUCGGUAGCGAUGACUAUGAUUUUGAUGCCGAGGAAUAUUACGAGGAGUUGCAAUCUCAAUCUUACGGAGAGAAAUCCGAGAGUGGGAGCCUCGUGGAGGAUGGCGGAAAUCGAAAGGGGAACCACGAGGAAGCGUCGGUAAACUUUGAAAAUGAAAGAACUCGGCUUUUCGGAAUGUUGAAGGAUUUCGAAAAUUAUCAUGCUCGUUCGUCUUCACAUGAGGAUCGCCACCAUAAACAUACGGGCAAAGGAAGUAACGUAAAGCUCUUGAAAGAUGUGUCUCUGUUAAUGGAGAAGUUGACGGCCAUGGAAGCGGAGAGCGGAUUCUUGAAGCACGCAGCGAUGACGCUUGAAAAGGGCGACGAAGGAACAAAAGUCGUGUCAGAGAUCGCCGAACAUCUUCGAAAGAUUCCGAGCCCCCAAAAGCCCGAGUACACGAACACGAUCAAUGCAUGAUGUUUUACUUGUAGACCGAUCAUACAUUAAUUGUAGA